AAGGUAUUUUAGGUCAUAAUUCUGUAUGUUGCAGAACUCCGAGUCUGCGGGCUACUACGUGACUCAGCGUCAGUGGACGCCAACGAAACCGCGAGCACCUAUCGCGUCCGAUUUCCAAACUCCAGGCCCGGGAUCCUUCAACUUGCCGACGACCAUUGGGAAGAACGCCAACCAGGCUGUCAAGGGCAAGAGUCCUUCUUACACUUUCGGCUCGAAGAUCGACGACAAGAGACCAAAUCCCGUUCCCGGACCUGGAACCUACAACAUAGCCGGGCUCUCUGAGAAGGGCAAGGAUUUCUGCGCGGCGCCGACGAUCGCCGCUAAGCUCAAGGAACCCGAGCCCUUCAAGACUCCGGCUCCAGGGGCUUACAACCCGGACAAAUCGGACAUUGUGACCCACCUCGCGGCACCUCGGUACACCUUCGGCUCGAAGUUCAAGGAUCACAACCCCGACGACAUUCCCGGUCCUGCGGAUUACGCGCCUGAAAGAGCCGACAGUUUACGGUACGCGAGCCCGCCACGCUACUCAUUCGGCUCGAGGUACAGAGAUCACGAGGACGAUUAUCCUCCCGCCCCGGGUCAAUAUGCUCCUGAAAAAUCCCUACUCAACCAGGCCGCUCCUUCCUACUCAUUCGGAUUGAAAAUUGAUGAUUGUAAACCCAACGGAGUUCCUGCCCCGGGAAAAUACAAUCCGCCGCCGGCAGAUGCCUACAAGAAGAAGAGCCCUUCAUACAGUCUCAGCUAUAGAACGAACAUUCCUUCCGACAAUAGCAAGAAGCCUGGUCCUGGACAAUACACUCCUGAGAGGGUAUUCAUGAAUAAGUCCUCCGCUCCACGCUUCAGCUUCGGGAUUCGACACAGUCCUUGUGCUGUCACGAAAUAAAUUCACUCGAAACCUCCUCCUUCACCGAUCCCAUAGACCAGUGUUUCUCAAACUGGGUUCCGCGGAACCCCUACGGAACCCCCCCCUCUGAAGAAAAAGUUUGAGAACCACUGCCAUAGACAAACAACGAUUCCUUCGAACUUCUUGCUCGAGAGCUUUGCCAACCUGCUUCCGCGAACCAAUCUAGUUUUCCGAGAAUUCUGUGGAGAGACUGACAUUGUGCAAAAUAACUCAGCUCUGGACCCUUUCGAGCAAAGACUCCUGGUUUCGCUAGGCUGAAGACUAGCGAAGAUUC